CGGCGCCGGAAGAGGAGGUGAUGCCCGGAGUACCGUCGCGGAAAUGGAGCCCACCUAUGUCAUGGGCGGCGGUGGCCAACCGUACCCGCCGCCAGCAUCCCAGACUCCAGCCGUGCGGGAGCAGGACCGCUUCAUGCCUAUCGCAAACGUGAUCCGCAUCAUGCGUCGCGUGCUGCCGGCGCACGCCAAGAUCGCCGACGACGCGAAGGAGAUGAUCCAAGAGUGCGUGUCGGAGUACAUCAGCUUCAUCACCAGCGAGGCCAACGAGCGGUGCCAGCGCGAGCAGCGCAAGACCGUCACCGCCGACGACGUCCUCUGGGCCAUGCGCAAGCUCGGCUUCGACGACUACCUCGAGCCCCUAUCCCUCUUCCUCCACCGUUACCGCGAGCUUGAGGCUGGAGGCGCCGCCUCCGACUCCUCCUCCGCCGGCCACCGCGCUCUUCCCGGCCUCCACCUCCCCAAGCACCACCGAAGCGCCGCGGCCCCUGUUCCCGACAUGUCUGCCCCCGUUUCUCAGUUCUUCGCCGCUCCUCCUUCUCAGGGAUUCCUCAUGCCGACGGCGCCACCGCCGGCGCAACCGAUCAAUCUCAUGAGCGACAGCAUGGUGGGGUACUUCCUGAACAUGUACGGCACCGGCGGCGGAGGAGAAGCAGGGCCCAGCGGCGCCAGCACCGGCAGCGGAGGAUACAAUUUGCCCAAUUUUGAGCACCCGUUUCCACACAAGUAG